AUGGAUGCUUGUGCAUCGGUUAAAACAGAUUCCCAAUUUAAGAAAUUGUGUAGCUUGUAUGUUGAAAUAGAAAAUACUUUUCCUUUAAGGGAAAAACCCAAAAGUUCCGUGAUUAAAUACACUCGUCUGCCAGAGUUUGACUUCAGUUCCACAGAGAAAUGGUCCAAAAACAAUUAUGUACUGGAACCUAGGUUGCGACGGUUUGUUGCAAUUGAAGAACCUCUCAUAGAGACUACACGAUCAUUAAAGGCCAACGUUGCAAGUCUUCCAAAGAUGGCAACUACUGCCUAUUCUAAGAGGAAGUUUGUCACAAUUGAAGAAGAUGAAGAAAAGAGUUUGCAUCCCAAAUUCUCUCGUGAAGUUAAAAGUUCUUAUUCAAAAGUGUUGGGCAAAGCUGUCGAGGUUGGAAUGAAAGACCAAAAAUUGUCCUCACAACGAACAACAUCUAGGCUGUCAAAUACAACAAAAUCUCCUCAGGAUACUAUGCAAAAUAUUAAAGCUUAUAGUUAUAAUUAUAGUAAAAAUAAUGCAAGUGCUGCCAAUAUUAGAACUAAGCAAACAAAAGAGAAUGAUCCUGUUUCAAAGGGAAAAGAAUCACUGCGAUACAUUAGGAGUACAAAUGCACCAACUAAAACAGCCAUGACCAAGAAAAUAAUAACUCCAACUGAUAGCGGAAAAGAAAUCCAAAUUAUUAAAAAUAAAUUGAAAGAGGAAUGCAAGAGCCCGAUGUCAAGAAGAGUUACAUCUAAAGAGAAGAUUCACAAAACGUCACCUGAGCAUGGCAGGUUAAAAAAUAAUAAUUUACUAAAAGAACUGAGUGAAAGGAAAAAGCCACUCAAUAUUAUACAUGUACCUCUAGAAAAGGAAUUUGAAAGCCGUGAAUUGACAGAUCAGAUUUUAAAAGUUGAGACAGAAAUCAAAAAGAACAUGGUUGACUGUAGUACAGACAUAGAAGGUAUUAACAUAUACAAUGACAAGAGUGUGGGCACCGAAUCUCUAAAAACAAUAGAUCAAAUCACAGAAACUGAACACGAUCCAAAGGAAAUUAGUCAAACAAGUGCAAGUUAUGCACAAGACAAAAUUACAUUUGAUAAUCUAGAAAUACCAAAUGUAACAUUAAUUAAAGAUAAAUGCGAAGAAUCCAAAGAGAAUUUAGUCAAUUUCUGUAGUCAGUCUUUACCUAAUCUAAGAGUCCCUUCAUUUAGUGUAACCCCUAAAGAAAAACAGAAGAUGUUUAAUAAAACAUGUCUUCACAAAAGCACAUCUUACAUUAUCAGCAGUGCAACAUUGACAUAUACAACACAACAGAAAAUAAAUUUUCAAUUAGUUGAAAAUAAAAUUGAUAUGGAUUUAAGCCCUGCUGCUGUCGCAUACCCGAUGAAUGUGAUAUCUGUGUACAAAAAAGAACUUAAAGACAGGAAUGAAAGUGAAAACAUAGAUAAAUUAAAUGAUGAAGAAAUCAAUAAGAGCAAUAGUCACCAAAACACACAUGUGCAAGUUAAUCCAUCAUCUAAUUCCUUAAAGAACAUCGACAGGAAUAACUUAAUGAAACCAUCUGAUUUAAUUAGUACAAUAAAUGCUGACAAUAGUCUGCUGCCAAAUGAUUAUAUCAAUGAACAAUUUCAACGGGAAUUGAAUUUCAUUGAUUCCUUCUUUGAAUCAUUGCAGUAUUUAGAAAAUUGUUCUCUAUCUGACAAGAGGUUAACCCAGAGUAAUGUGGACGACCUUGUCAACAACACAUAUGAUUUAAAGAAGUUGGAGUACGAUUCAUUUUUCUCGAAAUUUGAAAACCCUCAUAUUGUUGACGAUUGUGAGACAAUAGCCUCAAAGAGUCUUUGUCUGCUCAAUCUACUCAUACGCGAUGAGCAACGUCGAGCGAAGAAUCUCUUGUUUGUACUGAAAAUGCGUGAAGAUGCGUUAAAGGAUUUCACAAAAUCUCAACUGCUCUGGCUAGAGAACCGCAAGAGACAAGAUAACACCGACAUCUCCACUUUGAAGAAGAAGCAACGAGGUGCCUUACUAAAAUUGCAACACGAAUGUGGUGAAAUGCAACGCAUGCGGAAAGCUUUACUAACACUGUCUGAGAAGCGUAAGGUAGCUCUAAUGAAAACGAAGAGGAACAUAGAACUGAAAUUCAAUAACCACGUAGACGUGGAACAGAUAAUAAUGGAAAAACGAAAAUUGAAGAGAAGCACAUCAGCAGACAGAAAUACGGCACCUCUGAAAUGUUUCGAUUUGUCAAGUAGCGGAUGCGAGGAGAGCACCACAUCUCGUCCAAAAUCUAUCACUCCAGUCUGCGCACUGAAGUCAGUAGUCCAAAGCGAAAGCGCCGAGAAAUGCGUUCAAACUGGAGAUAGUAUUCUAUCCACCACAACGGUCAACCAAUCUACUACCACCGACGAUGAAAACUUUGUCGUGGUAGAUGGGGGCUAUUUGAACAUAUUAUUCCAAAAUUUGACUCUUCCAGAAAUCUUCAGUAGUGGAAAACAGUAUGAAGUGAAUCAAGAGGCGCUAAGGAACAUAGUGGCGACUACGAAUAAUAAAACGACCGCCAAAGAAGGUGAUGUCAUCAAAAGUUUUAUGGAUCAAGUGAAAAAUCAUGAAUUAGACAAUCAAUCCAGUAGUCCUUCUACGGCACGGAGUCUGGUUGAAGAGUUUGAUCAGUAUUACAAGGGGUUGGCUAUUGAUGAUAAGUCGCCUAUAGAAUCUCCGGAGGCUAAUGUUCGUGAAGUGAAGGACAUUGGUGUUCAAAUACUUGACUGGAAUGAUAGUGAGUUAAAGAGUGUUAAGGAUGAUGACAAAGUGAAUAGAAGUGUAGAGUCAGUUGAUCGGGAUUGUUCUUGUGAGCUAGCUACGGCGUCCGUAGAGACACAGGCUGAUAAAGGGAAGGAGGAUUUGAUAGGUGGGCGAUCUGUAGCUGGGCCAUUGCCAGUGCCAGCCGGUGAAGCAGCAGUCACAGAAGCAUCAACUCAGGAUCAACUCACAUGGCCCGACCAAAAGAGUUCUUCAUCUUCUUCACCAGGAGAAUCAAGCAGCACUUGUACUCCAAUUUUGUACCCAAGUGUGUCUUCUAUUGUCACUCCAGCACAGAACGAAGCAGAAGAAUUGCGCCGGCAGCAAUUGGCUAUUGAGCGAGAGAUAAAAGCAUUGGAGCAACAACAGUGCCAACUGCUCGUGGUGAGAGAGAUCCCCGAUAAGCCACCGCCGCCGUAUACGCCGCCUACAGAAACCCGAACGCCGAAGCCCAGAAAAUUCUCACUAGAUGAAGCACACAAGGAGAAGGUCAUCCGCUAUGUCACGGAAACGAUGCCACAAGUGUUAGACGACGUGGAUCUAUUUGACACAUUCCUCAAAGACUUUUGUCAAGAGACGAUAGAUCGGCAUACUAAGGAGGAGGGCGAUAAGUUCUGGGACACCUGUCAUGAUCUACCGCCGAAGAAGAAGCUCGAUGCUGACAUGUUGGCGGCGAAGACCAGCUUUGAGAUCAAGGAGGUGCUAACCGGGGUCCCGCCUACUGUUGUAUCCGGAGUCGGUGCGCGAAGGUCGGACCACAUAGACGACAUUCUCUUCGCCGAAUGGCGCCGGUGCGAACCCGAAUGGACGUCCCUUCACACGGACGAAGUAAUCGUGAAAAAUCAAAUAUUCGAAAGUAUAUUUCAAAAGAUCCUCACCGAGACAGUCGAUGAGUAUAAAAAAUCGGUUGUCCUAAAGAGGAACAAUAAUGUAACGUAA